AUUCCUUUUUCUCCAGCAAAAUGAAACCCUCUUAUCUCCACAUCUUGCUUCAAACAACCAAAAAGUCGAAUUUUAGUGUUGAUUUCGACUACCACCAUUUCCACGCCAGUGGAAGUGGUCUGAGUAGUAAUGCGGUUGUUGUGAUUGUCAUUGCUUGCCUCUUCGUUUUUCUUGCCUUCAUUUGGUGUCUGUUCAAGAGACUUAUCAUUCAUGAGCGUCUUCUUCAGCUGCUCCAAUCUCUUUAUAACCCAAGACGACAUCUGGCUACCGACAGCCACAGCCGUCCCGGGGAGCCUGAGCUUUCCUCUUGCGAGGGACCUGGAGGCAGUCCAACCCCUGCUGCGGCUACGACUAGCCCCAACAGCCGCCAUGCCCCGCUCUCGCCUUCUCGAGGCGGUCCAACCCCCGCUGCGUUUAGCCACACCACAACCACCACGCACCAGGCAGUCCUACAGUCAGAACUGGAGGCAACGUGCCAACUGGAUCUCAAAGACUCUGUUGUCAUAGAUGUGCAAGAUCAAGCAGAUGCAGCAAUUUCCAUUGAGGACGAAGUGUAGAAGGUAAUCGGAGACAUAGCUAAAAUCAUUGUAUUAUUCUUGUUGGUUGUCAUUACUGAGUCAGUUAUAGUAAUAACUAUUAGAAGGAAAAUGAUUCAAAUAUACUUUGUUUUGUAUUAUCAUUUGCUAUAACUUUUCAUGUAAUUUAAAAGAUUAAAUCAUUUUAUUUAUU